AUGGUACCAUUUCAGUUAUCUAUCUGUUCGUCGUUAAGAUAUACAAGUUUGGGAACUGACGAUCGUGUAGACAGUGCUGGGAAUCGAUUUGAUGAAAGUCUGUUUCACCGGAUCGUAUCGUCCGGAAAUUCCGCGGGUCUCGUAGCACGUUUGCGGCAUCGGAUUACGGUAAAAACACAGUCAAAAAAUAUUGAUAUUAUGGAAAUGAUGGAAAGAAUUGGAAGAUCAUCUGUAGCAGUAUUGAAUAGAUUGGAUUUUGAUUUGGUAAAAGGCUCGAGAAUUUUCAUGGUAUUCAAGAAUCGAUUCAGCAACUGA